GUUCACUCCAUCCGAGACAGCAGCCCUCCUUGUGACCUACGUCGGCAGUAGACAAUACAAAGGCGACCUCGUUCGCGCUCUCUCUCUCUCGAGUACCAGUCUCGAUGAUUUCCGCCCUCUUGUUCUGCGUGCUGGCAUUUCUCCUAUUCCUAUCUGCACUCGUCGCCUGGGCCUUUUCUCUCGACGCCAUCAAGCCCUGGCUCCAUCCAGCUGCUCCCUCGCCAGCCUCGAGCAUGGAGCCCACCGACCCGCCCAUGCUCCGGCGCCUGUUCAGGUCGCCUGCCCUCCGCCGCGACAGCACCACGGCUUCUGCAGCGUCGACCGGCUCGUCCAGCACCGUCGACUUCUACGGCAGCCAGGUCGACAACCAGACCGUCAUCAACUACAGCUACACGGAUAAGCCAUCAAGACUGCUGCUAUGGGACAUCUACUACUUCUUCUACUACAUCUGGGCCCUGCCGUACAUCAUCCUGCCCUGGAAGCCCUUCGACUCGGGGGACCUGUCUGAGCUGGCACCCACCAGGGGCAACAUCUGGUGUGUCUUCAUCCACCUCGUCCUGGCCGUCCUCCAGCUGCUCCUGAUCAUCUGCCUGCCGCCCGUGGCUCUCAUCCUUCCGCUGUGGACAACCCUGUCGAUCGUGGCUGUCUUUGCGGGCGUGAACGUGGGCCUCUGCUCUCUCAUCAACGCCAACGAGGUUCUGUUCUACUCGGACCCCGAGUACGCGGCACCCAACCAGAAGAAGUUCGCCCACGAGCAGUGGGUCUUUCUCAACGGGGUGGCGUGUGGCGAACACUGGAUGAAGAGCUGCCUGAACCGCCUGGCUCUGACGUUCGGGCGGCCUAUCAUUGGGGUCCACAACAGGACCGACGGCGUCAUAUUUGACGUUAUCGAGUGCCUGAUCCAGCGGAACCUCGGAUAUGCCACCAACGACGUGCGCGUGUGUUACCGCAUCGUCAAGGAGAAGCUGUACAACCCGCAGUAUUCCAAGAUUGUCUUUAUCCUGCACUCGCAGGGGGGCAUCGAGGGCGGCCUGGUCCUCGACUGGCUGCUGCAGGAGCUCCCGCAGAACCUGUUGAGCAAGCUGGAGGUUUAUACCUUCGGCAACGCUGCAAACCACUUCAACAACCCGUAUCGGACAGUGGCCUCCCAGUGCCGGGCGGAGGAGAAGCCGCUGGAGGCGUCGUUGGACGCCGUGGCGCGCCACAACGAAAAGCCCGCACCAGGCUUGGACAAGGCGGGUGCCGAGGACACGACCGGAAAGGCGUCCCCUCGCAACCGCAGCCGCUGGCCUCCGACCCCGAAGUCGUCCCCACCACCGCCAAUCCGGACAAGCACAAGCGGCCUGGCCCCGAACGGACCCGGCGCGGUCGCCUCCCACGGUCUGGCCAGGCAAGAGACAUCGCACCUGAACCCCGCGACGCAGUCGGAGCGGGCCAUCGGGCACAUCGAGCACUACGCGCACACGACAGACUUCGUGGCCCUGUGGGGGGUGCUGCACUUUGCGACGUCAGCGACGGCCGACAGGUCGAUGCCUCGCUUUAUAGGGCGGCUGUUCUCGCGCAAGGACGCCCGAGGGGGCCACCAGUUCGUCCAGCACUAUCUGGAUGGGAUGUUCCCUCUUGCCCGGGAUGACGCAACGGGCAGGUUUGUCGGCUGCAAGGAGGUUGGGAACGAGUUCAUGGAGAGCGAGAUCGUCAUCGGCACGUCGGGCGACGCAGGCGCCAACGAGAGGGAGGCGUUCGCGAGCAGUUACCUUGGGUGCUCGGACGACGAUUCGGAUGGGGAGCAAGAGCGGGGGGAGAUGGCCAUGGCAGCCGGGGAGGUCCUGAUGCAUAACGGGGAGAGCCCCCUCGCGCUGAGGAAGAGGCUGGGCCUGCCGAAUGAGAAGGUCAAGGUGAAGGAGCUGAGCCGGCUGUGGAAAUAUCGGAACGGGAGGAGCCCUGUUGAGAAGCCGCCCCUGCUAGGAGCCGGCAUGAAUGGGUUUGCAAGAAACGCAACCCUGUGAGAGGAACAGACCUUGCCAUUGUGUGCUCGAGCAGCCGUUCGAAUCAUUACUGGAUACCAUCACCUGCAUAGCUCAUAGAAAUAUUUGGCAAAGCAUACAGAAAAAGCCUGCAUUGAACUUAAUUUAUAUUCAUGGUUCCCCAUCAA